CGGCGUGGCCCCGUCGAUGAUAGCCGAGUGAGCAUUACUAUUUUCAGGCACACCGAGGCACCUCUUGACGGGUUUUUUUUCGAUAAGUGAAGGGCGACGUAUACGGCUCACGCGCGGGGAACCCACAUAUUCAUUUUUCAUUCUCUUCCGUUGUUUGGUUAAUUUCCGCGUUGUGACGCGCGAGUUGUAUACGGUUGAAAAUCUUCGACGGGACGCUAGGUGAGGAGGACCGAUGCGCGAUAUUGAAGUGGUGCAUUUGAUAUAAAAAAAAAGGGAGCGAGAAAGAGAGAAAAAAGCGAAAAAUUUUCUUCUGCGAGGUGUUGUGAAAAAGAGAAGGACGACAGGGCGCGAGGCUGCGUUUCUCUCUUUCUGCUUCGUGCGCGUGUAAUUUUGUGUAUGUGAGUGUGCGUGUAGGUGUAUGGUGUGCGCGCGUGCGGUGACGAGUUCAGCGUGAGACGCUGAUUUUAACGAAAAGCCAAAAAAAAAGGAAACGAAGGAAAUUCGAAUUGAGAUAUUUUUUAUUCAAAUGUCGCGGAUUGUGGGAACAAGUCUAGGUGCUCAAAUUGCUGUACAAAAAUGAGACAGGCACGUAUGCGUUACGAGCAGCUGAUGGCGGCCGUAAAGUCCUCUCGUCGUCGUACCUUCUUCGUGUCUACGAGUUAUCGAGUUUGAGGCUCGGCGAAACUCCGUGCGUCCAACAACUGCAGCUUGUAAGGAGCCAGAGUUUCGAAGAUCCUCGUUCGCCGUCACUUGGCAGAUUUUUUUUCAUCUUUACGAAGGAGGACGGGGCCUCCGAAAAGCUGUUCAAAUCUGGAUCGUUUGGAAUAAAAGAGAAACUGAGGAGAAAAACAAAGUAUUUAUGUGUUUCACACACAGGGAAAAGAAUUUUAAGCAAAGCACUGAAGCGGUUGCUUAGAAGAAACCUCGAGUGCAGAAACAACACGGAGGGAAAGAGCGGCAGAGUGAUCGCCGCUCAGGAAUGCUUCCUCACAAACGUCUGUAGUGUCCGAAGAACGUUGCUUGUGCGUUAAACUUUAAACCCAACGCAAAAUCUUGCAAGCCAACAAAAACAAUACAGGAAGAAAAACAAACAAGCAAAACGUCGUUAUACAAAGUGCAUAGAGUAGCAGCAGCGCAUUGUCGUUGUUGCAGCUGACUCCUCCGCAACCUUGAUCAUCAAAAUGUCAGCUGGGAAUUUUGUAGAUCGCAUAGAUCCUUUUGCAAAGCGCUCGCUCAAGAAAAAAUCUAAAAAGUCACAGGGGUCGUCGAGGUACCGAAAUUCACAGGAUGUCGAGUUACAGCCAUUGCCAUCGCUCAAAGAUGUUACACCGGCGGAACAAGAGGAUCUAUUCAUCAGAAAGCUACAGCAAUGCUGCGUAGCUUUCGAUUUCAUGGAUGUCGUAGCCGAUCUCAAGGGUAAAGAGAUCAAGCGCAGCACUCUAAAUGAACUGGUUGAAUACAUCACAGCGGGACGGGGUGUUCUUACCGAGCCUGUUUACCCUGAAAUCAUUAAGAUGAUCUCAGCAAAUUUAUUUCGAACGUUGCCGCCUAGUGAAAAUCCGGACUUCGACCCGGAAGAAGAUGACCCGACCCUCGAGGCUAGCUGGCCCCACUUACAGUUGGUCUACGAGUUUUUUUUACGCUUUCUCGAGUCGUCAGAUUUUCAGCCCACGAUCGGCAAGCGAGUAAUCGACCAAAAAUUCGUUUUACAGUUGUUGGAUUUGUUUGACUCGGAAGACCCGAGGGAAAGGGACUUUUUAAAAACAGUCUUACAUCGUAUUUAUGGGAAGUUCCUCGGCCUUCGAGCCUUCAUACGCAAACAAAUAAACAACAUCUUUCUCAGGUUCGUGUACGAGACGGAACAUUUUAAUGGUGUCGGUGAAUUGCUAGAAAUUCUGGGCAGCAUCAUCAACGGUUUCGCUCUUCCGCUGAAGGUCGAGCACAAGCAGUUUUUGGUGAAGGUCCUUCUGCCACUUCACAAGGUCAAAUGUCUAUCGCUCUAUCAUGCACAGCUGGCUUACUGCGUUGUGCAGUUUUUGGAGAAAGACGCGACUUUAACGGAGCCGGUUGUACGAGGGCUCCUCAAAUUCUGGCCUAAGACAUGUAGCCAGAAAGAAGUCAUGUUCCUGGGCGAAAUCGAAGAGAUAUUGGACGUCAUAGAACCUAGCCAAUUUGUUAAAAUACAGGAACCUUUGUUCAGGCAAAUUGCGCGUUGUGUAUCGUCACCGCACUUUCAGGUUGCAGAGAGAGCGUUGUUCUUCUGGAACAAUGAAUAUAUUAUGUCGCUGAUUGAAGAAAACAAUCAUGUGAUAAUGGGAAUAAUGUUCCCGGCAUUGUACAGGAUUAGCAAAGAACACUGGAAUCAGACGAUCGUAGCAUUGGUAUAUAACGUUCUAAAAACUUUUAUGGAGAUGAACAGCAAGCUCUUUGACGAACUUACUGCCAGCUAUAAGUCUGAAAGGCAAAAAGAGAAGAAGCGUGAGAAGGAAAGAGACGAAUUGUGGAAAAAGUUGAACGAGUUGGAGAUAGAGCGACGUGGUGCUUUAACGGCAACAAGUAACACUCCAGUUCCUGCCACAACUGCACCUGUGACGCGUCCCCACCCUUGAGCUGGUGGAAACACCACACUACCACGCUGCCCAAUCGUUAGUCCUUAGUUAACAUCUGAACUGUGUCCGUACAGUGUAAAAAAAAAUACAAUGCUGAUUGAGAAACAAACAAAAAAAAAAAAGAAAUGACACGAAUCACCGUCGAUGGCGAAAAAAGUUACAAACACGCAAACCGAUCUCUAAUUUAAUGGUGAUUUUGACAAAUGAAGAAUUUAUCAUUGUAGUUGGGGCCUCCAAGGCGAAUUUUUUCUAUAUUCUUUUUCAUCUUUGUUUUUUUUUUUUUCAAACGAGUAAAAAAGCGGACGAAGGAUAUUGACAGCAGCAAAGAGAGAGAAUAAUUGACAUUUGUGCGGAGAUUUUCAUAACGCGCGGAAUGAGACUGAUCUGAAGCGAGGAAGAAGAAAGAAAUGAAUUUAAAGAAAAUUGGCGCAAAGCGAAAGGGAUGGCAGGGAUCGCACACUCACAUGCAUAAAAACGCAGACACACACACACACACACACACACACACACACACACACACACACACACACACACACACACACACACACACACACACACACACACACACACACACACAAAGAAUUUUUGUUUUUGUUUAUUUUUUUUCACGCCGUGCAUAUUUGACCGACGAGAAUUUUUUGUAUGAUUUUAUUGUGAAUAUUUAUCAUUUUAAUUCGUUCGUAGCGACAAUCGUUGAUUUCUUAUUAAUGAAAGAUUUUGUCAUGCUUCAUUGGUGAGAUUGGGAAUAGGAUGUAUGAUGAUGAGGGAAGGGGAACUUGAUGGAAAGAUGAGAAAAAAAAAUACAACUGUGCACCUUUACGCUCGCUUCGAAGAUACAGCAGUCACCAUAGUUAUUUGUCAUUUUUGUUCAUCGUCUUUUGUCCCUGCGAUACACCUUAUUCCUCUAUUUUAAAUGCGACAGACUAAUUACAUGGAUUCUUUAAUUUUAAAAACAACCGCAACAACAAAAGUUGAUGAAGCAUCAUCGUUUUUUAAUGAUUUUUUCUCUCACGCGGAUUUUGGAAGCCACGUCUCUUUCUGAUCGUCACGUUUUGGUGCGCCAGUAAAAUGGGAGUUGUUUAAAAUGUAUCAUAUAUGCGCAUUAAUGAUAAAGAUGACGUUAACUAUGACAAAGAAAACCCAACAUAGUAAAAUGGGUGUACGUGGGUGCGUCUGUGUGAAUGCGUACGUUGCGUGUGUGCACGAAUAUGUAUAUACAUAUAUGUGUACGAGCGCACGUGUGUGCGUGUUUGUGCUUGUGUGUACGGAUAUGAAAUACCUUAUAAAAAUGUAAGAAUAUUGAUGAUGUGAGCGAAAAGUGCUGCAAAAUGACAAAUUCAGUCAUUCCACACUGUACACGUUACAAAUUGAACAGACAGAGACAGACAGACACACGCACACACACCCACGGACACGGAAACGCAAACACAUCUAUCACACACUCACAUUCAAACGAAAAAUAAAUAAAUUUACAUACGCAAAGAAGAAUAUAGAAGGAAGAAAAAAACGUUCACUGGAUCAUUACAACGGAGACGGACUAGCCAGAGACUUGGGCUAGACAAACUCUAGCAAUGAGAAAGCCGACAGCGCCCCGGCAGCUCAAUCGUCGAAGAUAUAUCUUUCUGUUACUUUUAAUUUUCUUUUAAGAAUAGAAAAAGAAGAGAAAUUUAAGAGUAAUAAAUAAAAAAGAAGGAUAAGAAGACGACGCGACAAACUUAGAUACGUGCGAGUGGCAUAGCAACAGAAAUACCAUUAACUGAAUUAAUUAAAAUCGACAACCCAUUGAGAGCGGAAAAAAACGUAAACAAAGAAAAACGAGAAAUAUUAUAUGUUGUUUUUUAAGCGAAUGAAAAACAAAAAAUGAAUAAAUGAAAUAAAAGAUGAAGUACGAAAGCGAGAGGAAGAACGAACAUACAAUAAAUAAAUAAAAUUAAUUGUACCAAAAUAUUCAUGGUUGCUUAUAAAUAUAAUAAAUCAUAGAGAUACAACGCAUAAGAUUUAUUCGGAGCUGUGCUGCUCCCACCGGCUACCGUGAAAGUGUAUAACGUGGGAAAGUUUUUAAAAAUUUCUUACAAAUUGCAUAUUAACCACUGGAUAAAUAAAAAAUAGUUAUAUCAAUAAAUGGAUGGAAGUAAGGAUCGAG